AUCGGAUAAAUACAUUACUUCGUUUCUCUUAUUAUUAGACUCUUUACUUAAGCAUCUGAAUUGCGUCCGAAGCAGCCAAUUAAGAUGGAGCAAUCUCUUUCCUCCCUUACGUUCAAAGGUUCAAUCAUGGAAGCAAUUGCUGAAGCCAAACAGCAAAAGAAACUCUUUGUGGUUUAUAUCUCAGGUGACAAUCCGGAGUCACAUAAUCUAGCAGCAUCAACAUGGAUGGACUCAAGAGUGGCAGAGUCAGUAUCAAAGUUUUGCAUAUUCAUACACAUCUCAGAAGGGAGUGCAGAUGCUGCAAAUUUCUCUGCUAUAUAUCCUCAGAAGUCUGCCCCAUGCACAACAGCUGUUGGAUACAAUGGUGUACAGCUCUGGCAGUACGAAGGCUUUGUUGCUGCUGAUGCCUUAUCAUCCAGUAUCGAAAAGGCAUGGUUAAGUCUUCAUAUUCAGGAGACAACUGCAACUUACUUGUCUGCCGCACUUGCCUCGAAAAAGCAACCUGCUUCUGGAACUUCUGAUGGUACUUCAUCCGAGGAAGGGAGUUCUUCAAGGACAAAUGAGUUAUCAUCUCCUGCAGCUGCACAGAAUUAUUCUCCAGAGGUUGGACCAUCAGUGAAUCCUGAGAUAGUAGAGGAAAACAAUCUUCUGGAAUGUGCAUCUGAGCAGGAAAAGCUCGAACAGCUUCAUGAGGCAACUGCUCAGUCAUCCUCAGCCAACGAAAUAGCAUGUGGUGAAGUCAGAGAUGGUACCCCCACCAGUGAGACCGCAGAGAUUUCGAUUAAUCCUCAUGGGAAGGAUCCUAUCAAUAAUGAAGAUGAAUUGGUUGUUACAGAAAAAAAAGUGAGCAGUCACCAUUUAGAAGCUAAAGAGGAAGUUUCUUCUAUAAAGAUCACUAAAGAGGGUACAGGAGCUAAUAAAGUUGAAAAGGCUGAUUUCUUGAAGGUCUCAGCCAAUAAAUCAAAUGAGGUUCAUUUAAAUAUUAGAUUACCUGAUGGAUCUAGUUUGCAAAUGAAGUUUUUAGUGAUGGAUACUUUGAGAAUGGUCAAAGACUCCAUCGAUGAAAAUCGAACAAGCAGCUUUGGUUCUUAUGAUCUAGCAAUUCCUUACCCUCGCAAGGUUUUUGGUGAACAAGAUUUAAGCAAGACACUUCAGGAUUUGGAUUUGUUUGGCAGACAAACAUUAGUAGUGGUUCUGCAUCAUCGUGCUAACUGGCACCCUAAAGGAGAAUCAUCAUUGCAUGAUCAAACUAAUUUUAUCAGAGGGAGCUCUUCUAAUGAAGGCAAUGAUGGAUAUUGGGGAUCCCUGAGAAGAAUUUUAUCUUACUUGAAUCCAAUCUCCUACCUGAGUGGAAGUACCAAUGCAGAGGAUACUACUGCACAGGAAUCUCAAAGCCGCGUAUGGCAAUAUGAUCCAAAUCCUUCACUUCAGAAUGAUCUGCAAGGCACAGGAAUAUCCUCUGGAGUAUACCGAGGCACGGAUACAACCAGCCGAAGCAGCAGUAGCAGGAGUAGGCAGCUCAAGUCAUCUCCUUUUGGAAGCAACAUCCACACACUAAGACAUGAUGAAGAUGAUGGCCGGUUUAAUGACAGAAAUGCCUUCUGGAAUGGGAAUUCCACACAAUAUGGUGGUGACAAUGAUGGCAAAUGACCCCUCCCUGCAGGGAUCUGUGUGUCAUGGUUAAGGCUGCAGAUUGUUUCUUCUUUUGUUGAAUCCUUGAUAGAUAUAAUGGCCGUCUGUAAAUGCCCAUUGAAUAAGGGCUGGACAGGAAUAAAACCUCAAAAUCUUGAAUGCGAAGAGUAUAACAUGUGUGUAAUAAUUCGGAUAUCCAGUGGGAAUGUCACUUUCUGAGCAAGCCUAGUGUAUAUAUAAUUUUUUUUGUCUCA